AUGUUACGUAUUCCGAAAACCCAAUGGGUAGCAUCCUUGGCGAAUGCUACACGGUGUCAAUCUACCUCGGCUCGACGCACUGAUGGCGAUGAGUACCAGUAUCUUCAACGUUCUAAGAUUCCGAUGCUGCACUUUCAACCUUCCCUGCCACGACUGCCUAUUCCGGAGCUGGAGAAGACCUGUGCGCGUUAUCUGGCCGCUCAACAGCCGUUGCUUGCACCGGAUGCGUUCGAGCGCACGAAGGAAGCGGUAAACCAGUUCGCCCAAGGAGAUGGACCAAAGCUGCAGACAAUGCUAAAGGAAUUCGAUGCCAAAAACAAACAUACGAGCUACAUCUCGGAGCCCUGGUUCGACAUGUACCUUCGGGACCGUGCGCCAUUGCCGCUGAACUACAACCCGCUGCUGAUGAUGAAUCCGGAUCCACGGCCAGCAUUUAACGACCCAGUGUUGCGUACGACCAAUCUGGUAAUCAGCUCGUUGCGCUUCAUGAAAUCGCUGCGGGCCAAAACGCUUGAGCCGGAAGUUUUUCAUCUGAAUCCAACCAAAAGUGAUACGCACAUGUUCCGCACGGUCACUUCGCUGAUGCCGGCAAUCAUCUCCACGUACGUGGCGUACACGUUCAAGGCAUAUCCUCUCGAUAUGAGCCAGUAUCAGGGUCUGUUUGGUGGUACGCGUAUUCCCGAGCUGGGAAAAGACCGAAUUUAUCGUAACGAUUCCUCCCGUCACGUGCUUGUCCUGCGUAAAGGAAACAUGUAUGCCGUGGAUGUGCUGGAUGCAGAAGGCAAUAUCGAACAACCUGCUACAUUAUUUGCACGAUUCGAGCGGAUUAUCAACGAUACGACAUCUCCAGCGGCCGAUCCGCUAGGACUGCUGACGACCGAAAAUCGUAACACCUGGGCAACGGCUAGAACACAUCUUGCCCAGUUGGGCAACAAUGCCAAAUCCCUCGAACUAGUCGAUUCAGCACUGUUUUGCCUAUGUCUGGACGAUUCAACGAUUAAUCCUGACAAUCCGAUUCCUGCCAUUCGCGAGUUCCUGUUCGGCGAUGGCACAAACCGAUGGUUCGACAAAUCGUUUUCACUGAUCGUUGCCAAAGAUGGUACGGCAGGCAUAAACUUCGAACAUUCCUGGGGUGAUGGUGUGGCCGUACUGCGUUACUUUCAGGAAAUUUUCAAAGAAACUACAACGGCGCCGUUCGCAGAUGUGGGACUCCAGGGUUCCGAUAAACAAUCAGAUGCUAUUGUCCCGAUCGAAUUUACGCUUGAUGAUCGCGUGAAGGCUGCCAUCCGGACCGCCGAAAACAACCACAAUGCGGUCAUCGAUUCGCUGGACAUGAACUACAUGAAGUACGAAGGGAUAAACAAGAGUGUCUGUAAAAAGCAGCGCAUCAGUCCCGAUUCGGUAAUGCAGCUCGGUUUCCAGCUGGCGUAUUACAAGCAGGCUGGCACCUUUGUGGGCACCUACGAAUCGUGCAGUACAGCCGCGUUCCGCCAUGGACGCACAGAAACGAUGCGCCCGUGCACGCUCGCCACGAAAGCAUUUUGUGAGGAAGUGGAAAGGCGCGAUGGGGCGAAGAAGAAAAGUGCGGCCGAGUUGCGCGAUAUGAUGAAUCAAUGUUCCACUGUACAUGGUCAGCUAACAAGAGAUGCCGCAAUGGGGCAGGGAUUCGACAGGCAUCUGUUCGGGUUGAAGCAUACGGCACAAAAAAAUGGUCUCCCCUUGCCGGCACUUUACCAAGAUCCCGCUUAUGCGGCUAUCAAUCAUAACAUUCUGUCGACCAGCACGCUUUCAUCGCCAGCUCUGCUGGCUGGCGGCUUCGGACCGGUAGUAAAGGAUGGUUAUGGCAUCGGGUACAACAUACAGGAUGGUUACUUGGGCAGUGUCGUUACGAGCUACAAGCCGCACCGUAAUGGGCGUGAAUUUGUCGAUUGUCUCCGGGCGGCAUACGAAGACAUUAACAAAGUGCUGACCGCCACCGGUCCGUCUUCCAAAGAGAAAUAA